AUGGCUGCUCGUCCCCAAAACAUUGGCAUCAAGGCCAUUGAAGUCUAUUUCCCUACUCAGUGUGUUGACCAGGCUGAGCUGGAGAAGUACGAUGGCGUCGCUACCGGAAAAUACACCAUUGGUCUCGGCCAGACCAAGAUGAGCUUCUGUGAUGACCGUGAGGACAUCUACUCCAUGUCCCUCACCGUCCUCUCCUCCCUCAUGAACAAGUACAGCAUCGACCCCAUGUCCAUCGGAAGACUCGAGGUUGGCACUGAGACCCUGUUGGACAAGUCCAAAUCUGUGAAGUCGGUCCUCAUGCAGCUCUUCGCUCCCCAUGGAAACACCAACAUUGAGGGUGUUGACAACGUCAAUGCCUGCUACGGUGGUACCAAUGCCGUCUUCAACAGCAUCAACUGGCUCGAGUCCUCCGCCUGGGACGGCCGUGAUGCCAUUGUGGUUUGCGGUGAUAUUGCCCUCUACGCCGCUGGUGCCGCCCGCCCCACUGGUGGUGCUGGUGUUGUGGCUAUGGUCAUCGGCCCCGAUGCCCCCAUUGUCUUUGAGCCUGGUCUCCGUGCCUCCUACCUCACUCACGCCUACGACUUCUACAAGCCUGACCUCACCAGCGAGUACCCCGUUGUAGAUGGUCACUACUCUCUCCGCUGCUACACCGAGGCUGUCGAUGCCUGCUACAAGGCCUACGGUACCCGCGAGAAGACCCUGAAGGCCCAGACCAACGGCGUCAACGGCGUCAACGGUGUCAAUGGCACCACCGAGGAGUCCACCUCCCCCUUGGACCGCUUCGACUACAUUCUGUUCCACGCUCCUACCUGCAAACUUGUCCAGAAAUCCUACGCCCGCAUGCUCUACAACGACUACUUGGCCAACCCCUCCAACCCCGCCUUCGCAGAGGUCGCACCCGAAUUGCGCGACUUGGAUUACGAGAAGUCUUUGACUGACAAGGUCGUUGAGAAGACCUUCAUGGGUCUCACCAAGAAGCGCUUCGCCGAGCGUGUCAACCCCGGUCUCCAGGUCGCCACUCAGUGCGGUAACAUGUACACCGCCACAGUCUACGGCGGCCUCGCCAGUCUGCUCAGCAACGUCGCUUUCGAUCCCAAGGAGGUCAAGCGCAUCGGCCUGUUCAGCUACGGUUCCGGCCUUGCAAGCUCCAUGUUCAGCGCCAAGAUUGUCGGCGAUGUCUCUAACAUGGUUGAGAAGCUUGACCUCCAGAAGCGUCUCGAUGCCCGCACUGUCCUUGAGCCCGCUGCAUAUGAUGCCAUGUGCAAGCUCCGUGAGCAUGCCCACUUGAAGAAGAACUUCAAGCCCGCCGGUGAUGUCGAGACCAUUGGAUCCGGUGUCUACUACCUGACCGAGGUGGAUGACAUGUUCCGCCGCAAAUACGAGAUCAAGGCUUAA